AUGGCAGGCUCUUUGCUUCCUGGCUUCGGCCCGCCAAGAGUUACACAACCCGGUCCACUCGUCAAGGAGAUACAUCUGAGCAUUCAUCUUGACGGGUGCAAAGGACUACCUCGAUCGACGCUUUCGGCCGAAGGUUCUGCGCCUCGAGAGUUCUUUGUCGGAAUUUGGUAUAUCUCGAGCCGAGGUGUGGACUCAGUCCCCUCCUCGAACGUUUAUGAGGGUACAGGCUGCCACCAAGGCACGGUACGAUGGGAUGAGACGCUAUAUAUUACCUGCCUUGACCACAGUAUCAUUCAAAUAUACUUAUUUGAUGGGGAAUACAACGAAAUCGCCGAGUGUGUCUGCCCUGCUGGAGAUCUGUUACAAGUUUCUUCCAUAACCCUUCCACCGCUAUCAUGGACCCCAUUUCGCCACGAGACCACUAUAGAAUGCACUCUCUAUAUCUCCGCCUCCACAGUUCCCACCGAUGCCGAAGAAGAAAACUGCGAACUCGACGACGAAAGCAGUGUGGUGUCUAAAGCUAAAGAUGCUCACUCGGGAUUGCGAUCGACAGCAAUCUCAUGGGAAGCUGCUUUUCGUGGACUAUCCUCUUUUGCGGGAGCCGUCUCUCGAGCAAAUUUUGUGAGAACUCCCGUCCACGAUACAUUCUGUACCCAGCUCUAUGUCCACGAAGCAUACCAGGCAUGCAGUACUCGACAAUUCAAUAACCCGCAAAUCACCAAUUUAGUCGAUACCUUCAUGAACGCUGUCAAUACAUGUGUACAGGUUCGAUUCAUGCGUAUGCUGCAGAGCAAGGAUUGCCUCGGGCAAAUCGCUAGGCAACUAUAUUGGCUAUCUGAUCUCAUGUAUUAUCGUGCCAAUAAUCGAGACCCCGAUUUCCCUGACGAAUAUCGCGAACAAGAGCUAGCAAGACUCGUCUUAAUCUUCGUCACACCGGACCCGCCUACCGGGAUCAACAGCACUUCCACCGGCGGCGAUUGGACCGCAAUCUACGGGACUAUCGCCAAGGACGUGCUCCUUUGUGCACUAGAUGCCCUAGCCCAGUCUUCCGACGCCCUCUCGCCAUUGAAGAGCGUCGCCGGAGGACUGAUGUUCUUUGUGACCUGGGCAGACUUGGUAUCGAGCAAUAAGGAGGAUAUCCGCGAGAUGUGCGAGCGCAUCGGCAGUCUCGUGGAGUACUUCAAGCUCGUGAUCACGGACGGCUCUCCGCUCAGCCCUGCGCUGGACAACACAAUCAAGACUCUCGCGAGGGAUAUCAACAAACUGAAUGGGGCGGUGGAAGAGAUCGUCGCCGAACGCAAGAGCCGCCUCAGGCGGUACGUCAGCGCGAAGAAACACCAGAGGAAGCUCGAAGGCGUCGCCAGGAAGUUGGACGAAGCUCGCGGCAACUAUACCGCGGCCGUGGUCACACUGAACGCGACGACGAUCGCGAACGUGAAUGCCCACGUACAAGCUUAUACGCUUCUCGUAGGAGCAACUCCAAUGCACCUUCCGGGAACGCGGCGUGCGGACGUUUCCAGCUUUCCCGUCGGUGUAGCUCGCAUCGAGGAGGCUUGA